AUGAACUCCACAACACUGCGUGAAGUGUCGAACCUUUCGGGAAGCAUUGGCGAUGUAAAGCAACGUCUUGCCCAGCGCAUUGGUGGCGGCUGGGGUUCAUAUCGCCUUGGCUCCUCCACGACCGUGUCUAGAUCAAGUCUCCGUGACUUUGGCUCUGGCGCAACGGAAAGGGCGAAGGAGAUGCUUGUAAGCCCCCGCGCCGAUCGCUACCACGCGGAGGAUCCUGUUUACUGCAACGACCUUGUCAAAGAUAUUACUGUCAUGUACAUGGAGAAGGAGAAACAGGCGGAGGGACAGUUAGCCAAUGAUCAGGUCGUGGUGUCACCAAAAUACUUAACGUAUCAACCUGAAAUUAAUGAGAAAAUGCGUAUGAUUCUGGUGGAUUGGCUCAUCGACGUCCACCUGAAGUUCAAGCUUCACUCUGAAACAAUGUACCUGGCGGUGAACAUCUUGGACCGCUACCUCUCCUGUGUGAACACCAAGCAGUCAUCGGGAACGUACGUGGCCCGUUCGCAGCUGCAGCUCGUAGGCAUUACCGCCAUUCUUUUGGCCGCCAAAUACGAGGAAAUUUGGCCCCCAGAGGUGAAGGAGUGUGUACACAUCAGCGCCAACACAUACACACGGGAAGAGGUGAUCAAAAUGGAGCGCAACGUUUGUGCUGCUCUGUCCUUCCGUUUGACGGUACCAACGCCAUUUCCCUUCUUAGUGCGUCUGCUGAGCGUCAUGGAAGGGUUGGUGCACUCUGGCUCCUUGUCGGAGGAUUACACCCUCCAACUACCACUCCUGCGUCACACUGCCCUCUUUUUUCUGGAGCAUGGCAUGCUUGACUACAAAUGCCUUCAGUUUAAAUCAUCCCAACAGGCGAAUGCCUCGUUGUUUCUGGCACUUGUAACCCUACGCAUCAAACAAAAAGGCGGUUCUUGUUCUUUUGCGGGCGAAACAAUUUGGACGCGCCAACUACAGCACUACAGCAGGGCAAGGGUACAUGAAUUCAAAGCAUGUGCGGAGGCUAUACUGGAGUUUGUGAACUACGUUCCCACGACGAAGUACCAGGCGGUGCGACGCAAGUAUAGCAGUGCGAAGUACGGUGAGGUGGCGAAGCUCAUCAUGCCUAACGAGGUCCCUGACUACUGA